AUGCGUACGCUCCGCUGGCGCCGCGCCCGCAACCAAGCCAGACGCAACUCCCACAGCGAGUUCUCCCGCGUGCUCAUCAAGCCCUCGGACUGCGGCGACAAGCUGCCCAUCCGCUGGCCCAAGAAGGAGAAGUGGUACAUCCUCUGCGUCAUCUUCCUCGUGCAGGUCUCCAUGAACCUGAACACGACGCUCUACUCCAACGGCAUCCAGGGCAUCGCCCACGAGUACGGCCUGAGCUACUUCCAGGUCCGCUGGGGCGGCGCCGCCUCCUUUCUCAUCGCGUACGCUUUCGGCUGCGAGCUGUGGGCCCCGUGGUCCGAGGAGUACGGCCGCCGACACGUCCUGCAGGCUUCGCUGUUCUUCGUCAAUAUGUGGGCGAUCCUGGUAGGUUUUUCUCCGACCUGGUAUGGCCAUGUCGUCGGCCGUACUCUAGGUGGUCUUUCCAGUGCGGGGGGGAGUGUAACUCUUGCCCUCAUCACAGAUAUGUUUGACCCGCACAGCGCGGAGCACCAGCACGCCACCGCGUUCAUCGUGUUCUCGUCCGUCGGCGGAUCCAUCCUCGGCCCUAUUUUCGGCGGCGUCGUCGAGGCGUACCUGGCCUGGCGCUGGGUCAUCUGGAUCCAGAUAAUCUUCGGCGUGAUGGUGCAGCUGCUUCACUACUUUCUCGUCCCCGAGACGCGAACGACUAUCGUUAUGGAUAGGACCGCCAGGGAACUGCGCGAGUCCGGAGUGAACCCCACGCUGUACGGUCCGAACGAGAUUUCUGGAGAUCGACGCAUCAACUGGUCUGAGGUUUGGAAGAUUUGGUUGCGGCCUUUCAAGAUGUUCUUCACGGAGCCUAUCGUCUUAGUCUUCUCGCUGCUGUCGGGAUUCUCGGACGCUAUUAUCUUUAUGAUGGUCCAAUCUUUCGGCUUCGUAUAUUGGCAAUGGGGAUUCGGUCCCAUAUUGCUCGGCUGUACAUUCUUGCCCAUUGGAAUUGGAUAUAUGAUUGGAUAUGCCUUGGCUUACUACUUCAUCGGACGACAGAUCGCCUUACGCGAGAGAAAACCGCUCUGCGAACGAGCGCAGUAUGAGGCUCGACUCUUUUGGCUGCUGUUUGCGGCGCCCCUGCUGCCCAUCGGACUUCUCCUCUUUGCUUUUACGGCCGCUUAUACGGAGCAUCCUCUUCACUGGAUAUUCAGUAUGAUCGCCUCCUGUAUGAUAGGUAUCGCUAACUUCGCCAUUUACAUGGGUACCAUCGACUAUGUGCUUAGAGCCUACGGCCCUUACGCUGCAUCCGCCACAGGUGGUAACGGAUGGGCAAGAGAUUUCCUUGCCGGUGUACUUACACCUUACGCUGUUCCAAUGGUUAGUAUUAUAGCAACUAUUCCGAUACAGUGA